AUGGGAAGCUGCGUGUCGUCACAAGUAAAAUCUUUCAACAUAUGGAAGAAACCCCAUGGCCGCAGCAGCAGCAGUUGCAGCAGCGGGAGGGCCGCCUCCUCCUGCCAUUCGGAGAAACAAGGAAACGCCUGUACUGCAGUGGCGGCUGUGGGGUCAGCUCGGCGGUGCGUGAAGGUCCUCCGGGAAUCCGUGGGGCACAACAUUUGGGAGAAAUACAAAAUGGGGAAGGAGCUGGGACGAGGGGAGUUCGGGAUCACGCACCAAUGCGUUGAGCUGAAGACGGGGGAGAUUUUCGCCUGUAAGAAGAUUUCAAAGGGGAAGUUGAGGACGGAGGUGGAUGUGGAUGAUGUGAGGAGGGAGGUAGACAUCAUGAGACAUAUCCCUAAACAUCCUAACAUCGUCUCCUUCAAGGAGGCUUUCGAGGACCAAGAGGCGGUUUACCUUGUGAUGGAGUUGUGUGAGGGUGGCGAACUUUUCGAUCGAAUAGUUUCUCGUGGACAUUACACCGAGCGGGCGGCUGCUAAGGUUGCCGCCACCAUUCUACAGAUCGUCAAGGUGUGCCAUGAGCAUGGAGUUAUACACAGGGAUCUAAAACCGGAGAAUUUCCUCUUCUCAGAUAAAAGCGAAAGCGGGCAACUAAAGGCCAUUGAUUUUGGACUGUCGAUCUUUUUCAAACCAGGGCAGCGUUUCAGUGACAUUGUUGGGAGUCCGUAUUACAUGGCUCCAGAGGUUCUGAGACGUAACUAUGGGCCAGAGGUUGAUAUAUGGAGUGCGGGUGUUAUUCUUUACAUCUUGCUUUGUGGAGUUCCUCCUUUCUGGGCUGAUACGGAAGAAGGAAUUGCUCAUGCAAUAGUUCGAGGUAAUAUAGAUUUCGAGAGAGAUUCCUGGCCAAAGGUAUCCAAAGAAGCAAAAGAUCUAGUCAAAACCAUGCUGGAUCCAAAUCCUUUUAGCCGCAUAACAGUUGAGGAAGUUCUGGAGCAUCCAUGGAUCCAAAAUGCGAAUCAGGCUCGUAAUGUAAAUCUUGGCGAAAAUGUGAGAGCAAGGAUAAAGCAGUUCUCCUUGAUGAACAAGUUCAAGAAGAAAGUACUGAGAGUGGUAGCAGAUAACUUGCCGAAUGAGGAAAUAGCAGGGAUUGUACAGAUGUUCCAUAUGAUGGACACAGACAAAAAUGGAGAUUUGACAUUCGAGGAGCUUAGAGAUGGGUUGCAGAAGAUAGGGCAAGCUGUUCCUGAUCCUGACGUCAAGAUGUUAAUGGAUGCGGCGGACACAGACGGGAAUGGCACAUUGAGUUGUGAGGAGUUUGUAACAAUGUCGAUUCAUCUAACAAGAAUAGGAUGCGAUGAGCACUUGUCUGUAGCCUUUGGAUUCUUUGACAAGAACAAAAGCGGCUACAUUGAGUUGGAAGAGUUGAAGGAAGCUUUGAUUACUGAUGACAACGACCAUAAUGCCAUCAAUGAUAUCUUCUUUGAUGUUGACUUGGACAAGGAUGGUCGAAUAAGUUUCGACGAAUUCAAAGCAAUGAUGAAGACAGGCAUGGAUUGGAAAAUGGCAUCGCGUCAAUAUUCGAGAGCUUUGUUAAAUGCACUAAGCAUCAAAAUGUUUAAAGAGAAUUCUAUGGAAGUAGAUGUCCCAAAAUUCAGAUCCAUGGAAUUCCCCAUUACGAAGAACAAAUCAAAGAUGCUUGUAAACCCUAAGAACAAAUUCAAAUCCAUGGAGCUUGGUGUCUCAAAGCGCAAAUCCUCAGCACUCAGACCCUAA